GACUUAUUGAAGAUUCCUUUGAAAGGAAGCCACCCAGAGUAUUUGAAUAACUUAAGAGUUUUUUCUCAAAAAAAGUCAUAAUAGCUGCUGGAAAGAAGUUUGAGUUUUAGUCAUCUUCAUAAACAGGUUCCCUCGAAUGGGCAAAAAUAAUCUAGUACACAAAUGUCUAUACCAUGCCUUCGACUUCCAGAUUAAAGAUAAAAGGGCCGAAGCAAAACGGCCUUAAAGUAUGUUACUCAAAUGAUUUUUACGUUACAAAUGGACAAACAUUUCCUUCAUUUAAUGUUUCGAUACGGCUAUCCCCAAAAAUACUAAAUGAAAUGGAAAAGUCUAGUGAAGCCAAAGAGCCAGUUCUGGUUCAAGAGAACAAAAAAGUUUAUUUAUCACCCCCCUCUCCUCCAAAUUCCCAACAAAAGGACCAAAAUUCGAUCUCCAUCACUAAGAAAUCAAAUUCUGCAACCCCAACGCCAUUAGGGUCUGUUGACUAUGAUAAACUAUUGAAGAAAAGAAGUAAUUCCAAGUCUUUUCAUAACGGAGACAACAUUCAUAUUGAGACGAACCUAGUUCAUGAUGCAAAACCCAAACCUGAAGAAACCACUGAUAAGGAGGCUCUUAAUAAUACAGCCUCUUCAAAUGAUCGGUCUACAUCGGAGAGUGAAUUGGCAUCUUUCAAUAAAGAGCUAGAUCAAGCUCUUCUUACUGAUGACACCACCUUCUCACCAGAAUUACAAGAUGAAAAACAGAAGCUACCGGAAAAUUCAAAUGCUUCUGCUGAUGAGGAUAUAAUAGUUGUUGAUAGCGAUUCAGAUUAUGAGGCCAAAGAAUCUGAAAAAUCCGAGUCUGAAUCUGAAUCUGAACCUCAGCUGGCAAGUUCAUCACAACCUCGAAUAAAAAAUAAACUCCCAGAACUGUCCGACGACGAAGAUGACGUUAUUAUUGAUCCUAUAACACCCUUACCACCGCAAGAUCUAUCUUUCCUAGAUAAGGUUUCGUUCGGAAAUCGGACAAGAACGCAAUUAGCCGGAAAAUCAAAUGAAGGAAAGCUUUUUCCAGGAAUACCGUCUACUUUGCCACAACCCAAGAGAAAUGAAUUGACACAAGAAUUAAAAGAACAAGGUUAUAGAAAAAUUCCUCUCACUUACGCAACUGUCAUGAGAAGAGAAUUAAGUUUAUUCACCGAUUUGAACAGUGAAGAGGAUAUGAUUGAAAAAGUAAUUUUUUCAUUGAAAGAUCCUUACUCAGGAGCUAAAGUUAAAUUACCAAUCAAAGCAACGAGCUGCAAACAUUUCGAAUGUUUUGACUUUGAAUCUUUUUGUAAAAUUAAUAUAGGUAAAAUAUCUUUCAAUCAAAGAUAUCACUUAAAACAAGAACUCAUAAAUAAAAAUCACGAAGCAAGGAGGUUAGAAAGGUUGUUUCAAGAACAACAUAAGAAACAAACUGGGAACCAAUUACCAAGAAUCCAAAUUGCUCAAAAAGGGAAAAUUCCAAUUUAUACUUAUCCACAAUACUCGGAACACGGUCAAAUAUUUCAUUUUGCGUUAUAUCAUAAAACUCCACCUCUUUUCAAAUGUCCAAUAUGUGAUGAAUUAUUUGGCAUCAAACAAUUGUAUAUAAGUGAUGUAUUUAACUACUUUGUUAAAGGAACACCAAAGGAUGUCGAUCGAAUAGAAUUAUUGGAUAUGGAUUGUUAUAGGAUUAUAGACGGUGAAGGUUCUUCAAAUAAGAGAGCAAAGGAAGAACUUAUAGAAUUAACUGACGAAGAUCUGGAUGAUGAGCCACUAACUAAAAAAGCGAAAGUCGAACCAAGAUCAGAAUCAGCAGAUGAUUUUAAUGACGGACUUGAUAGUAUGUUUAUGAAGUUGAAUGACAAAGAUUCUGGUAGGGGCAGUUGGGAUGAUCCUGUCACUCUAGAUUGAUGUUUUUUCUACGAAUUUUCAUAUUUGACAUACAGAUGAUGUAUAUUAUA